AUGGUGGCAGUAAAGUAUAUGGGAGAGUAUAACUAUAUCCCUUCCAUACCAGCAGCUGUGAUCUUCGCCGUUGUGUUUGGCAUAGCAUGUAUAGCACAUUCAUGGCAGAUGUAUCGCAAUCGGACAUGGUUCUUCAUUCCGUUCAUAUGCGGAGGCAUCUUUGAAAUCGCAGGAUACGCUGCCCGCGCUAUUUCCUCAAACCAAUACCCAAACUACACCAUCGGCCCGCUCGCAGUACAGGCCAUUCUCAUUAUGGUAGCGCCUUCGCUUUAUGCUGCGACUAUCUAUAUGACACUCGGUCGUAUCAUGAUUGUCACCGGCGGAGAAAAAUACUCGAUCAUUCGCCGAUCAUGGCUCACCAAAAUAUUUGUUUUCGGCGAUGUGAUAUGCUUCCUCAUUCAAGCCGGCGGCGCCGGUAUGCUCGUCCAAGUCAGCACAGCAGCAACCGGCGAAAAGAUCAUCAAAAUUGGCCUGAUCGUCCAAAUCGUCUUCUUAGCUCUAUUCCUCAUCACUAGUGUCAGCUUCCACCUUCGACUAUCGAAGAACGGAUCGGCAUAUUCGAUGCAGGUCCCUUGGAAGAGACACCAGUUGGCGUUGUACAUUACCAGUGCGCUAGUCUUUGUGCGCUCGAUCUUCCGGUUCAUCGAAUACGCUCUUGGGAGUACUGGGCCGUUGUUGCAGCAUGAGUACUGGUCUUAUAUUUUUGAUGCGAGUCUUAUGGUUAUUGUCAUGCUUGUGUUUAAUGUAAUUUAUCCCGGUGAGAUUGGAGAUCUUCUCCGGGAGAGGAAAAAGGGGGAUGAUGGAAUGGAGUUGCUUGAUGAGCAGAGGUAUGCAACUGGAAAUUACCCAUAG